CAGUGCCAAUGCCCACAGUUUUCAGUGGAGAUCCAAUAAACUACAUUGAAUGGAAGGCUUCAUUCUCUUCACUUGUGGACUGCAAAGGCAUCUCACCUGCUGAUAAACUUCAUCUACUAAAAAGGUAUGUCACAGGCCCAGCUCAAAAUUGUCUUGAGGGCACAUUUUUUCGCAGUGACGAAGAGGCAUACAGGGAUGCAUGGCAAAGGCUUGACCAACGUUACGGCCCACCUUUUGUUGUCCAAAAAGCUUUCAGAGACAAACUGUUAAAAUGGCCUAAAAUAAACUCAAAGGACGCAGAAGGAUUAAGGGCAUUCUCUGACUUUCUAAAUGCGUGUCUCCAAGCCACACCACACGUGAAAGGCCUAGAGAUACUUAGUGACUGCGAGGAAAAUCAAAAAUUGCUGCAGAAAGUUCCUGACUGGCUGGCAGCCCGUUGGAAUCGACAGGUAACAGUUACACUUAUGGAAGGAAAGGAUUUUCCCUCUUUCAAGGACUUUGCACAUUUUGUGACAGUCGAAGCGGAGAUUGCAUGCAACCCGGUCACUUCUUCUCAUGCGCUUCACUCAUGCAGCUCAUCCUAUGAGAAAAGGAACACAAAGGACUUUAAACCACACAGAUCCACACAAGUCUUCACAACACAAGCCACAGUACAAAACAACAAAGCAAGGACUAGCAACACAAAAUUAAAGGUGCAGUGCAUGUUUUGCAAAGAUGAAAAUCACCAGUUAUCAAAGUGCCCUAACUUCUCAGAACGGCCAUUAGAAGAGAAGCGCACAUAUGUUAAGGACAAUAAACUGUGCUAUGGAUGCUUAAAGGUCGGCCAUAAUGCCAAAGAUUGUUGCCAUCGCCACAUUUGUGACAUUUGCAAAGGAAGGCAUCCCACUUGUCUCCACAACGACAAUCACAAGCCAUAUGUAAGGUCUCAAAGCUCUGAAAACACAGCUCCAAAUACUCCAAAUGAAACCGCGACAGCUCUCAAUGUUACUAAGGUGGGUCAAUCUAGUAGCACUUCCAUGAUUGUUCCUGUAUGGGUAUCUACGGUGCAGAGCCCGUUUGAAGAGCUAUUAGUUUACGCACUAUUAGACACACAGAGUGACAGCACAUUUGUCUGUGAAGAAUUAAGCAAACAGCUACGAGCGGAAACUCACCCUGUAAAGCUAAAGCUAACUACCAUGCUAGGUGUUCAUUCUACUGUUAUGAGUCACAGAGUCUCUGGAAUGUGUGUGAGAGGUUAUGAUUCAGACAUUCGCAUUGACCUACCCCCCUCAUAUACCAAAGACUUUAUUCCAGUUAACUAUGACAACAUACCCACUAGUGACACGGCAAAACAAUGGCCCCAUCUGACAGAAAUUGCAGAUAAGAUACCACCUUUGUUAAGUUGUGAUGUUGGACUCCUUAUCGGAUUUAACUGUCCCAGAACUUUAGCUCCAAGACAAGUUCUCGUAGGAGCAGGAGAGGAGCCAUAUGCAAUCCGCACGGACCUUGGGUGGAGUAUCGUUGGAGGCUCCACACCAGCGCUCACUGAAACUCAGUCAAGUUUGUGUCAUAGGAUAACAAUAAAGGAAUUACCCCCUGUUACACCCAUGGACGUGAUUCGUGUGCUAGAGUCGGAUUUUAAGGACACAGAGGCAAGUGAAAAAACGGUUUCACAAGAGGAUCUCAUCUUUUUGGACAAGCUUAAGGAGGGAAUAAGGAAAAAUGAACAAGGACACUGUGAGAUGCCUCUACCAUUCAGACAAAGACCCCAUUUACCUGACAACAGAAGGCUUGCUGAAAUCAGACUCGAACACUUAAAGCGAAAGUUCAACAAAGAUGAAAUUUACAAAAGAGACUAUAUAAUGUACAUGAACGACAUUAUUGAGAGAGGUGAUGUUGAAGAGGUACACAAUGAUGAAAAACGAGGCGAACGAUGGUACAUUCCCCAUCACGGGAUAUACCACCCCAAAAAACCCACGAAACUACGUGUUGUGUUCGAUUGUUCGGCCAAACACAAAGGUACAAGUCUAAACGAUCAUCUUCUCCAAGGGCCAGAUUUGAUUAACAAUCUAACAGGCAUCCUCCUUCGGUUCAGACAACGUCCUAUCGCCCUAAUGUGCGAUAUAGAGAAGAUGUUCCACCAGUUUCACGUUCAGCCCUGCGACAGAGAUUACCUGAGUUUUCUGUGGUGGAAAAACGGCAACACAGAGACACAGCCACUUGUGUACAGAAUGAAGGUACAUCUUUUCGGUGCGACAUCAUCCCCAGGGUGUGCAAAUUAUGGACUAAGGUAUUUAGCUAAAGAACACUGUCACACUCACCCUGCAGGAUCUGAGUUCAUGGAAAAGGACUUUUAUGUGGACGACGGAGUCACAAGCACAGACACUGUUGAAAAGGCAAUACAGCUCGCACAAGAGGCAACAGAGAUAUGCAAGCAAGGAGGUCUCCGUCUACAUAAAUUUAUCUCAAGUAGCCCUGCUGUGCUACAAAGCAUCCCUCCAUCUGAACGUGCUGUAGAAACAAAAACGAAGGACUUAACACUCAAAGACAUGCCACAAGAACGGGCCUUGGGCAUCCAAUGGAACAUUGAGAGAGACUGUUUCAUAUUUGACAACACCUUAAAGGAUCAACCAGCAACCCGUAGAGGCAUCUUAUCUACUGUCGCAUCCAUCUAUGACCCCCUUGGCUUCCUGGCGCCAUAUGUACUUCACGGAAAAAGAAUCCUGCAGGAAAUGUGUCACCAAGGAAUCAACUGGGAUGAACCCCUGCCGGAAUCACUGAGGCCAAGGUGGGAGAGCUGGCAACGUGACUUUGCAAACUUAAACAAGGUAAACAUAACUCGCUGCUACUUUCCUGCUAGUUUUGGAGAGAUUAAAGAAAUAGAGUUGCACCACUUUUCGGAUGCGAGCACGAGUGGUUAUGGACAAUGCACCUAUUUAAGAGCCACAAACAGUAAAGAGGAGAUUCACUGUUCAUUGGUAAUAGCCAAAGCCCGUGUUUCUCCUACCAAGCUGACUACAAUCCCUAGACUUGAGCUAACUGCAGCUGUAGUUUCAGUCUCCAUUAGUAACAUGUUGAGAGAAGAACUCUGCUAUGCUCAAGUCAAAGAGUAUUUCUGGACAGAUUCUAAGGUAGUUUUGGGCUAUGUAAACAAUGAGGCACGUCGUUUUCAUACCUUUGUAGCGAAUAGGGUCCAAAUGAUUCGCCAAAGUACACAACCUCAGCAAUGGUUUUACGUGCCAUCUGAAGAGAACCCAGCCGAUAUGGCAUCUAGGGGUAAAUCUGUCACCGAGCUUCUCUCUUCUAACUGGUUCACCGGCCCCUCCUUUCUUUGGGAGAAAGACCUGCCCGCAACACAAAGUGUAGAGUUAGAACUGUCUCUUGGAGAUCCUGAAGUCAAAAAAAUUCAAACAAUGUUAACCAAAGUUACGGAGACUUUCAGCCUUUCAGAACGUUUGUCCAAGUUUUCAUCAUGGUCCAAGGCAGUCAAAGCUGUAGCACGUCUCAUCAGAAGGGCCAAGAAAGUCAAAUCAGAUGCGCCGGCUACAGUGAGUGAACAAGAAAGUGCAGUACGUGUCAUCUUACAGGAUGUUCAAAGACAAACCUAUGAAAAGGAGAUAAAACUAAUAAACAAAGGCAACCAGCUCCCACAUCGCAACAAACUGUUCCACUUAGACAUUUUCAUGGACACAGAUGGUCUCGUUAAGGUCGGAGGGAGACUUUCAUCAAUCAAAGACUCUUUCAAACACCCCAUUGUGAUUCCAAAGGAACAUCACGUGACCAAACUCAUAAUAGCUCACUGUCACAAUAAAGUAAAGCAUCAAGGAAAGGGCUUCACCACAAACGAAAUCAGAUCCAGUGGCUACUGGAUCCCAGGCAUGAGCAGAACCGUUGCUUCUUUUAUCCGCCAGUGUGUCAUCUGCCGUAGACUCCGCAAGGCUCCGGAGGGUCAGAGAAUGAGCGACCUACCUGCAGAACGCUUAGAGCCCUCACCACCAUUCACAUACUGCGGUAUGGAUUGUUUUGGCCCUUUUGCAACUACAGAAGGCCGAAAAACACACAAACGAUAUGGACUUUUGUUCACAUGCUUUUGCUCACGAGCCAUUCACAUUGAGCUUUUAGAGGACCUAUCCACUGACACAUUUAUUAAUUCACUAAGGUGUUUCAUUGCUAUCAGAGGUGCGAUUCGCCAAAUCAGAUGUGACCAGGGAACAAACUUUGUCGGUGCAAAGAAUGAGUUUAAAGCUGCUCUUAGUGAACUGGACACUGAAAGACUGAGCACUUACCUGUCUCAAAACCAGUGUGACUUUGUGAUGAAUGCACCCCACUCCAGUCACGCAGGCGGAGUGUGGGAGCGCCAGAUAAGGACUGUCAGAAGUGUGUUGAAUACUACUCUGUCACUGGCGCAUGGUAGACUAAAUGAUGCUUCACUAAGGACUUUAUUUUAUGAAGCUAUGACCAUAGUUAACAGUCGCCCGCUGACUGUAGACAACCUUAACAACCCUGACAGCUUGGAACCACUUACCCCUAACCACCUGCUUCACAUGAAAUCCAGCACAACCCUGCCCCCACCUGGUGCCUUUCCAAUGGAGGACCUCUAUGGAGCAAAGAGAUGGCGUCGCGUGCAGUUUUUGACUGAACAGUUUUGGUGCAGGUGGAGGCGUGAAUAUUUGCACAACAUUAUUGCUAGACAGCGCUGGCACUUACCAAAAAGGAAUAUAACAGAAGGUGACAUUGUGCUGGACAUUGAUGAACUGUCACCCAGAGGUGAGUGGAAACUUGCCAGGGUACUGGAGACUGUUAAAGGCAAGGACGGACUCGUGAGACGAGUGAAAAUCUCCUUUGGAGAUAAAAAACUGAAUAACAAGGGUCAACGCAGGAGUAAGCUUUCUAUUGUGGAGCGUCCUGUUCAAAAAUUAAUACUGAUAUUAGAAUGUUCAUAAACUAAUUAAGAGAAAUGGUUAUUUGUUGUUGAAAAUUCUCCGUUGUGGUUAUACUGAUAUAACAAAACGCAUAACUUUGUGGGAGUGUAAAUAACCAUUCAGUAUAUUUUGUAGGAAAUGUGUUUGUCUCUUAUUUUGAAAUUCUAAAGUGCAAUGUUUUAACUUCCGGUGUUAAGCUUCGCGCUUUGUGUUUGGGUUUGAGUGGAGCGCGCGCUCGAGUUAGUGCAGUUUUAGUGUAACGAUAGCGUUCAUCGACACUGGAUGAUAAAAUAUACAUGUAUUAUGCUUGCAGCCCCUCAGAAGAGGCAAAAGCUCUUACGUUGGUGAUGUGAUGAACGGAAAAGGUUUAACAAAGGAUUAAAGCAUCAUAAAAACCAUCAGUAAAGGUUUCUUCUCUGUCUCGGGGGGCAUGCUACAA